CUCGUAUCCGGGAUUGGAUUGGACUAGGGGUGGGUGUAUGGGAUAGCAUCCUCGCCUGUUCCAAUGGUGUUAUGCCCUAACCUUGAAACGCCCAGAACAGUACGGAGUGAUGGGGUCAGCAUAUGGCACUGCCUUUCCAGCGGAAGGAUGUACGUGAAGAAGAACACCCACAUUCUUGUCGAUGUUUCUUUCCUAUCUCCACGAUGUUCUCAGCUGCAGAUGAAAAGCUUCGCCCAGGAGAACAAGAGCUGUACAGAAAGGCAAGACGACCAAGCAUUUUCCAAAGUCCCCGAGAGGGAGGGACAGCAAGGCAGUGGGCGCAGGUUGGAAUACGCAGACUGCAUUGGCGCCAAGUGUGAUCUGACGGCCAAGAUCAGGGGGCGCAACUCCGCUGUUGCCAAAGACAGCGAGGCGCCGGAUUAGUACGGGAGUUUCUCGCCCAGUCAACCCCCUCGACCGUUAGUAGCGAACAGCCUGACUGUUGUCGAUACAAAACACCUUUGACGGAGUAUGAACAGUCGAUUGUCCAAGACUUUUCAAGGAGGCAGCCAAGUGACUUGGCAGUAGGAAGUGGUUGAGAAGUCUGGACUAACCCAAAGAUCAGUCUCGAGAUGAAGAUGCCAGUAUCUAGGACCGUGUUCAAGCCGCCACUGUCCUGUUUCUAACAAAGGUGAGGCAAUUCUCAGGGAAGGAGCAUCUCGGCGGCAAUCUCGCGUGCUCGAAAGAGCUUCAUCCAGAACGGUAGAUCUUCAAGAGAGAGGUACAGUACGCCUACAGUUGUAUCAUUUUUCUCUGGUCGCUUUUUCUGCCGAGAAGCUGCAAUUGGCAGAAUAUUUCUUGCUGAGCUUAUGCAUGAUGAAGCCCCAAUAUCGGGCUUGAUAUAGCUCGCUGAGGUCAGGUCGUUUUAACAUCCUCUCUCUUUCUUGGGCGCUGAGCCUCGCAAGUCUAGACUCCGAUAGACUGUUUCAAGACCACUUUCGUGAAAGGCUUCCAAAUGUUUGCCUUGGCGGGAUCUGUAUCUGCUUUGAAGCGAAAGGCUUCGUCAGCAACUGGCUCAAGAUCCAUGUGGCUGGCUGUACUCCGUAAAGUCUAAGCAGUUAUUGUAG